UUUUUGACAUCUUUUUUGCUCAUUUAUUAGAUGAGGCAGCAAAGAUGAGAUUUGUUGUUGAAAUAAUAUUCUUGAGUUCUUUCUCAGGCAAGUCUAGAUGUAGAUUUGUGAAUACCGCUGUAGAGGCUACUGGGUUAGAAUUUAUCUGCCAUAGAAACUCAUUCAUUCAUUCAUUAAUUCAUUUGAGAUGGAAUCUUGCUCUGUUGCCCAGGUUGGAGUGGAGUGGUGGGAUCUCUGCUUACUGCAACCUCUGCCUCCCAGGUUCACGUGAUUCUCCUGCCUCAGCCUCCUGAGUAGCUGGGAUUACAGGCACCUGCCACUCCACCCAGCUAAUUUUUCUAUUUUUAGUAGAGAUGGGGGUCUUGAACUCCUGACCUCAAGCGAUCCACUCAUCUCAGCAAGUGCUGGGAUUAUAGGUGUGAGCCACCGCACCUGGCUGAAACUCAUUCUUUUAUUGGGAAUAAUUAAUUACUUAUCCUUCAUUCCAAGGUAUGCCUAUGUCUCACGAGUUUAUAGUUAAAAUAGUUUCUUGCAAACUAUUUUAUACAUCAUCUAUACAGGGAAAUAGUAUAAUUAUUUAAAAUUUAUUACUAGUUCAUAUACUGUGAUCAAAGGAAGUUUGGUUAUGCUUUUAAAUAUCUCUGUGUAUCCAACUCCUAGUAAUUAGAGGGAAGAGGCCAUUGUUGAGAAUGUUAUUGUUAGAAUGAAUUUGGAGCUGGGGCAAUAGACAUGCCACCUGGUCUGAGGUUGGAUGUUCAAGGAUAAGGCAGUAUUUGUAAGGAUUAGAGGUUAGAGAGAAUGAGGUAAUAUGGUUAGUCAGAAAAGAAGUUACACAAAAUAAAUUGAGGGUUUUCAGGGUAAUAAUUUUAGCAAACCCAACAACAAUACUUGUACAUUUUGGGACUAUGAGAAGGAAGGAGUGGAAAGUAGGUUUUUAGUAACUAAAGAGUAAACAUUUCUCCCUCUUUAAAAUAUAAAGCUCACAAAAAGAGUUAUUCUCUCAUGAUAGAUGCUAGAGCCCUUUCACAUGGCACUGGGGAUACCUACUUUUUAAAAACAAAUGUUGCUCUGUAUUGGUUAGGAUUAGGUUAGGCUGUGAGAGACACAUAAAAUAUUUAAACCAUUUAGAGGGCUGGGUGCAGGUGGCUCAUGCCUGUAAUCCCAGUAUUUUGGGAGGCUGAGGCAGGUGGAUCAUUUGAGUUCGGGAGUUUGAGACCAGCCUGGGAAACAUGGUGAACCCCUGUCUCUGCAAAAAGUUAAAAAAUUAGCUGGGCAUGGUGGCAUGCUUCUGUAAUCCCAGCUAUUUGGGAGGCUCAGGUGGGAGGAUCAUUUGAGCCCAGGAUGUUGAGGAAAAAGUGAGUCCAGAUUGCACCACUGUAUUCCAGCGUGGAUAACCGAGUGAGACCCUGUCUCAGAAAACAAAAAGUUAGAGGUUUCUUUCUAUUUCAUGUACAAAGUCUGAAAGGAGGGAAUGGCAACUCCACUGUCACCUGCAUCUCUGGGUUCUCUUAUCUGUAUGCUGUAGUUCAUGUGUCUACUGUUCUCAUUGUGCCCUCACAAUCCAAGAUUGUCACUGGAGCUACAUUGAGUCUCCAUUACAGCCUGGAAAAGAAGUAGGAAAGGCAGAAGAGCAAAAAGGAGCCCUUCUUAGAGUCAGUUUCCUUUAAGCAUCUUUCAGUUAGAUCUCAUUUUGGAGAACUUAGUUAUAGGACAACACUUAGUUCCAAGAAAAGCUGGCAAAUCUUUUAUUCCAGGUGGUAUAAAGUAAGAUAGUUAUCUUUCAGUUAGGGAAAAUAACUUUUCCAGCUUACUCGAAGAGAGUUGUUCGGUCAUUCACUACCAUGUUAUAAUGGUACCACCUGAGGUAAUUUCCAAAGGUAGAUGGGAAGAAGGGUGUUGGACAAGGUAAUGAGCAUUCUUAGUCUUGGGCUCUGAGGAUGCCAGGGCAUGGACCUCAUUUGUUUUCAGUAGUGUAUUUCAUUCAAAAUAAACCCCAUAGUGUUACAGUCAUGAUAAUAAUAACAAUAGUUGUGAUCAUGAUCCCCAGUAUGAAAUCAUCAGCCAUUUGUUUUGAACAAUAGCACCAUCGAAUGUUUGGAAUUAUUUGAAAGUUUAUAUGGAGUUUAAGUACUUCACUCGAUAGAUUAUCUUUGAGUUUGAUUUUCCAUUGCUGUAAUUUUUAUUUUUAAUGUCCAUGCAUAUACCUUUGGCUUUUCAAUCUUUUCUCUGCCAAAUUCCUUUGAUCAUACGAAUUUAGUUUCUAGUGGUUAUUAUGUGAAGAGGCAGGAUGGAUCUGAUGCCACUUGUUGGUCUUCCUCAACGACUGCAUCUUUGGAAGCCUUUUGGCUACCACGGAAAGUCAGGGAUGCUGUGUCUCUGUCUCCUUGACACAAUGGAUAAAACCAUGAUUGCUGAGAUUUAUGGCAUUAUAAGCUUUAGGGAGAAGUUUUAACUUGUCAACAACAAACCAUAAUAACAGUGUUUGACUGUAUAAAGUUAGGGUUAUUUUGACUACAUACUAAUUUAAUGUGCUAAAAAUAUUUCUCCAGCUAAAGAAAGGAAAAGAAACCAGUACUCAUGUUUGGUAUGCAUGGUUUUGUGAGUGGGCAUGUGUUUUAGGAAUCUGAAUUUGAUUUGGGAGUUAGAAGUUGUAAAUUCUAAGUUGAGUACUCCCAUUGAUAUUCUGAGACCAAGGACCUCAGUCUCCUGUCUAAAUUUAGUCCAUUCAUAACUUUCAGCAUUUAACUAUGAGUGUUUCCCUUUCACAGAGAUUUCUUUUCUAUCCAUUAUAAGGAUUAUAGACAUUUAUGAUCUAGCAAGAAUUGAACUGAAAGAGAAGUGCUUAAAAAGCGACUGAUAGCAGCCAAAGAUGUAUUAUUAAAAUGGGAUAUUAGAGCAAGAUUUGAAAGAAAUGAAUUUAAACCGUUUUAAUAGGUUGCAUUCCUCAAAUGAUGCUCUUAUAUUAGAGGACAAAGUAUCUGCCUCAUAGUCCCAAGGUACAGCCACAUGCCCCAGACUUUAUUAUCUCUGUCUUACUUGAGCUAGCCUAGAAAGCAGUAGACGGAAGAAAUUCAGCCACUUGCUCAUAAGACAGAUGUUGGAAUAUAGCAGAUUUUCUUUAAAGAGGGAAACAAGAGUAAGAGAAAUGAAGACAGUGCUUUGGUACAAACAUUUUGUUGUAAUCUCUUAUUCUUAUUUUAAUCUUAUAGAGAAUGUCUGAAUGUAUCCAGAUCUCAUUUGCUGUUUGUAGAAUUGGGAUUUACACGUGUUUUAGAGCACUUUGCUGCAAGGGACCACCACCUGCACGACCAGAAUAUGACCUGGUUUGCAUAGGCCUCACUGGCUCUGGCAAAACCAGUCUGUUGUCCAAACUCUGCAGCGAAAGCCCCGAGAACGUCGUGUCGACCACAGGUUUUAGUAUUAAAGCAGUGCCAUUCCAGAAUGCCAUCUUGAAUGUAAAAGAACUUGGAGGGGCUGAUAAUAUCCGGAAAUACUGGAGCCGCUACUACCAAGGAUCUCAAGGGGUAAUAUUUGUAUUAGACAGUGCCUCUUCAGAGGAUGAUUUAGAAGCUGCUAGAAAUGAGCUGCACUCAGCUCUUCAGCAUCCACAGUUAUGCACUUUACCCUUUUUAAUAUUGGCCAAUCAUCAAGACAAGCCAGCAGCUCGCUCAGUACAAGAGAUCAAAAAAUAUUUUGAACUUGAGCCACUUGCACGUGGGAAACGCUGGAUUCUACAGCCCUGCUCACUGGACGACAUGGAUGCACUGAAAGACAGCUUCUCUCAGCUGAUAAAUUUGUUAGAAGAAAAAGACCAUGACGCUGUAAGAAUGUGAAAUCUGGCAAAGAAAACGGGCGCCCCAAAGGCCUUGAACCUAUCAUGUUAGUUUCUCGUUUUAAUUUUAUUUUGGUAUCAAGACUAUAAUGGCUUCGGUAUCUAUUUUUCUCUGGUUUUUUCAGACUCUCAUCUCUCUAUCAAAGUGAAUAUUCUGUAGAUCAGAUGAAUUAUCAUCGGCAUUAACGUCAAGUACACACUACUGAGAGAGAAUUUAUUCUCUGUUUACCACUAAUUAUCUUCACCGCAUGUCUCUUCCUUCUGUUGUUCUAAGCAUCUCUUCUAUACUCUGUGUUAAAACGGAUGGAAUUCAUGGCUUAUGGAAAUCAAAUCCCUUUUGAAGGACUCAGAAAGACUCACAAGACCAUGAUCAUUUUCCCUGGGAUUGGGAGUGGAGUAUCAUGUGACUGGGACUCCACAAAAUAUGUAUAUUAUUUUCAAGAUCUCUUGGGGGGGGAUUGUUUUAUUUUAUUUUAUCUUAUUUUUAUUGUUUUAUUUUUGGUAUACUGAGCUUAUAGACUAUGAGAGAAAAGUGAGCACCAAAAACUUUCAUUAAUCACUUUAUCAGGAAGAAAUAUCCUGCCAUAGUAAAAUUGGCUCUGAAGAGCUUAGAGAUAAGUUGCAUAAUGUUUUCUUGAUUACGUCUGAAGUGUCACUCCUCUCUUUUAGGAGCAAAGACAUUGUUUCAGUUUCUGAGAGCAGUUAGAGGAAAUGCAGGUACAAUGCAUGCAUCACGGACUGUAUUGGAUUGAGUCGAGUCUUCAAAUAUUUUUUAAUGGAAAGGUUAGCCUGCAUAAAGUCAAGCUGCAAUGUAACAUAAGUAUCUUUUUUAAAAAACUGCAAGUGUUUAAUUAAAAUAGAGAAAAUAAUUUUAAAAAUAAUAGAUAUAAAUUUUAAAAAUAGCCAGAAAAAGCAUAAUUUAUACUGCUUAGGGUUUAAGCUGGCAUGGAUUUGGCAAAGAUAACAAAGAAAGAAUUAUCUAUAUAUUCAUUCAUUAUGUGCUACUAUAGUUUAUUGGAGUCUGUUAAUGCCUUCCUCUAAUAGUUAAAGGUUUAUCAGCAUUUCUAUUAUAAACCUCUAUUUUCAGGGGUUUCACUGUGCCCUUAAAAGUGUGCUGGGGCUGCAACAAAUAAAUAAUAUUAGGACUCAGAUUCAGUCUUUGGAACUAGUUCCCCCCCCACCAUUUAAUUUAAAUGAUAAAAUUGCAUAGGGAUAAAUGUACAGUUUGCUAAGGUUUAGCACCUUUGAUCUUUUUUAAAUCAGGAAAACAAUCUAUGCAUAUUGAGGUUCAUAGAUGAAAUAUUCUUUGGCAUACUUUGUAGACUUUUGACUACUUAAAAUACUGAGUUGCCAAAUGAUAAAAAACUGCUCCCUACACCUGAGUGAUAAAAAUCUUGUAAUUUUUAGGUAACAGAGACUGAUAUCCAAAUACCACAGACUCACACUAUAUUACAGAAUGACAUAAUACCUGAUAAUUCUCCAGAAGAUAGACUUCAGACCCUUAAUGUCAUUAAAAUAUAGUUUUUGUGGUUUAAUCUUGUGAGUAGAUUGUAAUGAAAUCGUUACCUUGGAAACAUCAAACACUUCUUUAAGCUUCUUUUUUGUAAUGUCAUGAAUCAGGAAGGACCCUUAGUGACUAAUAUACAGUUUUGUCUACAGCAUCCUUGAAUAUUUUUAACACUGUGUAAUCCGUGAGCAGCACAAAACUUUUAUUCUGAUGACCAGUUACACAAUUCCUGUUUUUAUUUUGUCCUGUUGUGCUCAUCUUCUAUGAGAAAUAAAUGAUUAUUAGGCCUUGCUUUCCCUGCAAGUUCAUUAAAUGUAGAAUGUUGUCUUUUUAAGACACCGUGGCUGAGUGCUCCUAAGCCAUCUGUUAAAUGACUUCCCGUGGUCUGUGUGUGUGUGUUCAUGUGUGCGCCAGUGAUGGGCUUCUCCUCAGACCCAUGACUGUCUGCAGCGUCUCAGCCGUCAGAAUGAAAACAUUAUCAAUCAGUACCCAACAACAGCUGUUUUUGACAAGUUUCUGUCUGACGCCUAAUGCUUUACAACUGUCAAUAAGGCUCCCUCUUUGUCUAGCAGGUCGGAGCUCGCCGUCUUGCUGCUUCCCAGCAGCAUCCUGUCCUUGUAACCCUAGAAUUUGCCAUGUUUUGGAAAUCCACGUGGGGGCGGGGUGGGGCCUGAACGGGUGGGGUGGGUGGGUGGGUGGUGGGGUGGGAUGGGGAGGGGAGGGAGUCCUAUUCCUACUUUCGUGUAAAGUGCCACAGGUGUCUUGGUUUGCGUAUUCAAAUAUAUAGGAAAAACAGUCUGUUAUGUAUUUCUUCACUUAGCUUCUUGUUAUAUUUAUGGACGUUUCCAGUUUUUGUACCUUCUUAGCUAAAGCAGUUGCCUUUUUGUAAUGGCAAUUAAUUUAUAUGAUAAAACUUUGUAUCCACUGUAGUCGACAGUAUUGGUUGCUAAUUAACUGCCAUAUUGCCCUUUCUAUUAUAAAAUACUGUACCUGUACUUAGAGGCUAACAGAUUCAUGUGGACAUUUGCCAGGCAAGAACAACAUGUAUUGUUCAUGAUUUCUAUGAUUUCCACUAUCUUCAAAAAAUAAACGCUGAGUAGAA